AUGCCUAAACGUAGUGCAGAGGAAAAGAUAGCACAUUAUACGCGUAAAAUUCAAAGAAUACAAGAAAAGAAACUCAAGCGAAAUCGCCGAGUUAUACCAGUGCUACCAGAUUCUUCAGAUUCUGAAGAAAAAUCAGGUAAGUACCUCGAAAAUAUUAUCGACGAUGCCCCGGUGAUUGAAAAUAACGAAGAAUUGGAAAUGCCUGUCCCAAAUUCGAAUGAAGAACCGCCACCGCAACCUCAAGCGGAGGCAGGUGAUAUUGAGACAGCCCCUGUACUGGACGCGGAGUUACUGACAGCUCUUGGGGAGGCCACAGACGAUGCUCCAAAAUAUGGCGAAAAUAUCCAUCCCGACUUGGCACAAAGAUGGUUACCUAUAUUACGUAAAGGUAUGGACAAAGAAGCCAAGGACAAACUCAUAAAAGAGUACAGUAUACCAGAAAACUGUAAAUUAUUAAGAGCACCGUCCUUAAAUGCCGAAAUCUCUGCGGCAGUUACAGACAUAGCAAGAGGUCGCGACAAGAAAAUCGAAGCAGAACAACAGCAGUUAGGCGUUGGAUUAUCUGCUAUAAACAGAGCCAUGACCUUACUUCUAACGACCGAUGAUAAACAAAGUAAGGUACAAGCGAUAAAAAUCCUAUCUGACGGAUGUCGGAUUUUAUCUGACCUACAUUACUCAGAAACGCAGGCCAGAGUAAAACUGGUCACUCCAGGAUUAGACAAAGUCUUUCUCAAUCUGAUUCAAGAUGUCGAGAGAGACGAGACCCUCUUCAGCAGUAAGCUCUCAGAAAAGAUUAAGGCAUCAAAGGCGAUCGAAAAACAAAGCACUCAGAUUAAAAAGACAGUCACGACCCCAGCCAGCUCAAAUACAUUUCAGACUGCAGGUCCAUCGUACUCUCGGUACCGGGGAAACUGGACGAGGCCCGCUCGCUUCCAACCGACGAGCCGACGAGGGCGCGGCGGGCCACGCUGGAGCACGCCGGCAGCUUACAGACCGGCAGCGCCGACCCCCGCGCAGCCGCAGCCCAAGACAGCUUACACCAGGCCACGUGCGCAAGCGCGACAAGAAUAUGUUGACGAAAGAUACAUAGUAUAUAGGUGCGACCGGUCGGAGGUGGACAGCGGCGCUGCGCGCGGCGGGGGCGUGCUGGUGGCGGCGCGCCGCGAGCUGCUGCCGCUGCGCCGCGCCUGGCCCUGCCCCUCCCCCGCGCACGCAGAGGGACUUUAA